CCCCUCCCCUACAUGUGCAAUAAUUUGGUUGGGAAGAGUCUCUGUCUCACCCACCCACCAAAUUCGUGUUCAAACUCGAUUCUCGUUCCGACGACGCCGCCCCCUCCUCCGAUCUCUCUCCCCUUUUCCCCCCUUUUCCAGAUUCCGCUCCAGCUCCAGAUCAUCAUCAUCAUCAUCCAACAAUGGCGACCGUUCCCAGGAAUUCCAUCAACUUCCAAUCCCUAGCUCCCCCUUGUUCCCAUCUCCGGCGGAAUCUCGCCCCAAAUCGCCUCCCGUUCCUUCAUCCCUCCCCGGAUCCGACCCCUCUCCGGCUCUCCUCCCUCCGAUCCCGCAUCUCGCGCUCGUUCCAGGUCCGGAGCGUCCUCAGCCCGGUUCAGUCUGCCGACGCGUCCGUGUCCAGGGAAUCAGAUCUCGCGACCUCUGCGGCGGAGGUUAAGCCGAGAGUGCUGGUCUCCGAGAAGCUCGGCGACGCCGGGAUUGAGCUGCUCCGGACAUUCGGAGAGGUGGAGUGCUUGUACAACCUGUCGCCGGAGGAGCUCUGUGCUAAGAUCCGGCAGUUCGACGCGCUCAUCGUGCGGAGUGGGACGAAGGUCACGCGCCAGGUGUUCGAGGCGGCUCGCGGCCGGCUCAAGGUGGUUGGCAGAGCCGGCGUUGGGAUCGACAACGUCGAUCUGCAGGCGGCGACGGAGUACGGCUGCCUGGUUGUGAAUGCUCCCACCGCCAACACCAUUGCCGCCGCGGAGCACGGCAUUGCUUUGCUCGCUUCCAUGGCUCGGAAUGUCGCCCAAGCUGAUGCCUCCGUGAAAGCCGGCAAAUGGCAGAGGAACAAGUAUGUUGGUGUCUCUCUGGUUGGAAAGACAUUAGCCGUUAUGGGAUUCGGUAAAGUUGGUUCAGAGGUUGCAAGGCGUGCGAAGGGCCUUGGUAUGCAUGUUAUUGCACAUGACCCUUAUGCCCCUGCCGAUAGGGCACGCGCCAUUGGAGUUGAGCUGGUGUCCUUUGAUGAGGCCAUUUCCACUGCCCACUUCAUUUCACUUCACAUGCCCCUUACUCCUGAUACAAAAAAGGUUUUCAAUGACGAAACCUUUGCAAAGAUGAGGAAGGGAGCGCGCCUCAUAAAUGUCGCUCGAGGUGGUGUGAUCGAUGAAGAGGCACUAGUGAGGGCACUUGACAGUGGAAUUGUUGCACAGGCAGCCUUAGAUGUUUUCACUGAAGAACCACCACCUAAAGACAGCAAAUUAGUGCUUCACGAAAACGUGACAGUUACACCUCACCUUGGGGCUAGCACAAAGGAAGCACAGGAAGGUGUUGCUGUUGAAAUAGCAGAAGCCGUGGUUGGUGCUUUGAGAGGGGAGCUCUCUGCAACCGCUGUUAAUGCUCCAAUGGUUCCUCCUGAGGUUUUGUCGGAGUUAGCCCCUUAUGUUGUGCUAGCUGAGAAACUGGGACGGCUGGCUGUUCAGCUAGUAGCUGGUGGUGGUGGUGGAAUUCAGACCAUUAAGAUAGUAUACAAAACCGCCAGGAACCCGGACAGCCUGGACACGAGACUUCUUCGCGCCAUGGUGACGAAAGGCAUCAUCGAACCGAUAUCAGACACCAUAAUCAACCUGGUGAAUGCAGAUUUCACGGCCAAGCAGAAGGGUCUGCGGAUCAGCGAGGAGCGAAUAGUUGUCGACUCGUCUCCUGGGUCCCCAGUUGAGACCAUCCAGGUCCAAAUAAGCAGCGUCAAGUCGAAAUUCGCGAGCGCCCUAUUGGAGAACGGAAACAUCUGCGUGGAGGGGAGGGUGAAGGACGAUGGCAUCCCUCACCUGACGUGCGUGGGGUCAUUCAGCGUGGAUGUGAGCUUGGAGGGGAACCUGAUACUGUGUCGCCAAGUCGACCAGCCUGGAAUGAUCGGGCAAGUCGGGAACAUUCUUGCCGAGAACAACGUGAACGUCAGUUUCAUGAGUGUGGGAAGGACAAGCAAGAGGACAAAGGCAAUCAUGGCCAUUGGAGUCGACGAAGAACCAAACAAGGAUUCCCUCAAGCGGAUCGGGGAAGUCCCUGCGAUUGAAGAGUUUGUUUUCCUCAAACUAUAGAGAGACCUUAUACGACAAUAAAGGGUGGCGCGCCGCCGCCACGAGAAGAGGAAAAUCUAUAUCUNCCCCCCCCCCCCCCCCCUCUCCAAGCUUCUUUACUGUACUGUUGUCAAGGAAAGGUUUUUGCCAUUAUUAUACAGCUUUGCUCUUUAGACCUGCCACUGCUGCAUUUUUGCUUGAUGGGGAAUGACAAAUGCUGGCUGGCUAUGGAUGGAAUGUAGUUUGUGUACUGUUAUAGUACUGCUUUUUGCUGUGAACUCUACUAUGGAAUCUGUUCAUGAUUUCAUUUUGUAUUAUUAUUGGCUUUUUUCCCAUCUUCAAGUGAAAUUUUCAUUUAUUGAUUGAGUAAAGCCCGUGAGGUUGGACCUUAGAUGGGGAAGAGAAGCAGCUUUGGAUUGGUUUUAUAUUUCGAGUCCUAUGAAUAAGGGAUGGGAAGUCCUUAUUGGGUGAUAAGUUUGGUUGAAUUCCAAAAGGCUUGGAAUUAUAACAUCUCAUAAG